GUAUGGGAAUCCAGUACCAUUUUUGCUACGAACGCGUGUGCACGAGUUUUUCAAAUUUGGAAAAAGAACGUUUUUAUCUGAUUUUGUGUUUAUUUGUUGUUGUGUAGCUGAAAAUUGUGUCUGUGUUCGAUUUGUAACUGUUGGGAUAAAUUUGUGUGGAUGUUAUAACAUUAUUUCAACACGGUGACGCACAUAUCUUGUGUUGCCGAUUAAAAUGAAAAAGAAGAGAAAAUUAAAACGUAUAAGUCUAUAAAACACGCACCCGUGAUUUCAUUUCAAAAUCACAAUAUUUAUAAAUAAUAUAAACCAGACAGAGACUGGGGUGUCCAUUAAAACUAUAAAUAUUUAAAUAACAAGUUAAAAACGCAAAUACGUAAUCGCUUUGUCAACACUUCUGGCACUGCCGCCUUUUGUUUAGUUAGUUUUAAGUGGACUAUCAAAAUAAAACAGUACAGAACUUGAAAGUAUACAACCUUCACGGAUCGAAAAUAAAUUUAUUUCCAGCCAGUUUAAAAAACAAAAGGGACAUUGACAAUUAACAAAAUACGCGCGAAAUGUCAGCGUGAGUCUUGCGCGAAGUGAUCGUUUUGGCGCGUGUUUUACUGUGAAGUACAUAUUGUGGUGGCAAAGUGGCUGGAGACGAGCAUUUAGACAUGUUGGGGGGCCCGGAGUGGGGCCAGCGGGAGGCCACCCCCCCAAGAGAUGCACCCCUGCCGAGUUUUGGCUUCACACAGGAGCAGGUCGCGUGCGUUUGUGAGGUCCUCCAACAAGCUGGCAACAUCGAGCGUUUAGGGCGUUUCCUCUGGUCCCUGCCUGCAUGUGAGCGGCUCCAUGCGCACGAGUCGGUCUUGAAGGCAAAAGCAAUGGUCGCUUUCCAUAGAGGCAACUUCAAGGAGCUGUACAGAUUGUUGGAGUCACAUAACUUCAGUGCGCACAACCAUGCUAAGCUUCAGAGUUUGUGGUUAAAAGCACAUUAUAUGGAGGCGGAGAGGCUCCGCGGACGGCCCCUCGGCGCCGUCGGCAAAUAUCGGGUGCGGCGUAAAUUUCCACUACCGCGUACUAUUUGGGAUGGAGAGGAGACAUCUUAUUGUUUUAAAGAAAAAUCGAGAUCAGUUCUCCGGGACUGGUAUCUACACAAUCCGUACCCAUCUCCGCGAGAAAAAAGGGAGUUAGCUGAAAGCACUGGUCUCACAACUGUACAGGUUUCAAAUUGGUUCAAAAACAGACGACAACGAGACAGACAGGCGGAACACAAAGAUAGUGGCGGUCCCGGCGACAAGCAACUAGACUCUUCGACAGAUGAUGACAGCGACGCGCCACAUGUCACUCCUGCGCACUUGACGUCAGCACCCCCUAUAUACCCACACGCCUUAUAUGAACACCCUCUAGCUCACCUGCCGUAUCACCAUUCGUGAUACUAAGCCUUACGUUAAGAAGCUGCUUAUCGCAAAAGGUUAUUUAUUGGUACGAAUCACAUACUAACAAUCAGUAAUUACACUGUAACUAAAGUAACAAGAGCCCUUACUCUGUAAUCUAUAUCAUUUGCAAAAUUCAAUAUCGUCUGUGGUUGCAAUGCUUGAUAUGUGUCAAGUACUUAUGGCUACGCAUAGAUGGCGCGUUUCAAGAAAUCUAUAAUUUAUUUUCUAUAACAACUUCAAUUAAGGAAUUAUAAAAAUAUUAGGAAUUAGUACAUAAGGGUAAAACACACUAUCUAUUAUUUUAUUAUUCAAUUAUUAUAUUUGCAAAUAGCGCCAUCUAUGUUUCACAUUAACUUGACACGACGUGUCAACGUCAUGAGAACGAAACAAAAUUUUUAUUGGUUUUAUUUUUGGAAAGUCGGGCAUAGAUUUUGAAAGGCCGUAAGUUGUAUUUUUUUACUGUUUCUUUUUUAUAAUAUAAAAUAAUCGGAUUCUGUAUGAUUAAAAUAAAUAACAUUGGUAUAAAUUAAAUAAAAUUGGUGUGAAUAAGGUUUAAAAUAAUAGUCUGAAUUUGUGAUUAUUGGCUUCCUAUAGAAAUUAUUGUAUAUUUAAGUUCUAUUUAAUCUAUAUUUUAUUUAUAAGUAAUUUAAGUCACCACUUUUCAUUUUUAAAAGUUUUAAAAGCCGUCCCUAGAUGGCGCUGAAAUACAUUAUUUUGUCCUUAUUUUAUUCAUACAUAUUGUACAUUUUCAUAAAUUUAAUUGUAUAAUGUUCUAUAUUUCUUACUCUUUCUACCAAAUUCUGUUUAAACUAUAUUGAGAAUUUUCUAUAGAUUGUUGAAAUUUAGAAUCGCAUUUUAUAUUAAGAUCUUACUGCGUCUUAAUAAAUGUAUUUAUUAUAAGCGCUAUUACACCAGCACAACUUUUCUAAUAAACUUCAACAUUAUUUGCAACUAAAAUGUAGUUAUUUAUUUAAUUAAGUUCAUGUAAAUUUUAGUUUUAAUCAUGUAACAUAGAAUAGAAUUUUUAAAUGAAAGUGUGUUGUUAUUAUAAA